ACGAAUACCGCAUUUGAGUGUGUUCUGUUUCUCUAGCCAACAUGCAGUCCGCUGUGCUACUGUUGUUUUGCUCUGUUAUGUCAGUGGGUCUUGGGUCCAACGGUUUCUAUUUCUGGGACCGUACAGAAGUUGGCAUCAAUCUAGGCAUGGCAUUACAUUUUCCUAUAUCGACUGUUGGAGAUGAAGACACACAGUUUGAUGAUGAGGACCUUCUCUCUGGGUCGGGCUCUUCUGAUUAUUCAGGUUCCGGAUCUGGGACACAUGAAGUGUCUGUAACUACCACCUCCUCAUCACCACAAACACGAGGUUCCAGUACAGCUGAGCCUUCACAGAUGCGUAUUUCACAGUCAACAGGUUCAACUACAACUGAAUCUCGAGAGACAACCACUGCACCAGCAAAGACAAAGUCGACAGGUUCAACUACAACUGAAUCUCGACAGACAACCACUGCACGUCCAAAAGCAGAGCAACAUCACCAGUCUAGAGCAACAUCACCAGAUUCAACCAAAGCAGACCAAAGGGUAUCCACGUCCAGGUCAACAGGCACAGUCGGAGACAAGACGGAUAUUACCGAUGAGACAAGACCUUAUCUAAUAGGUGGCCUCAUAGGCUCAGGCUUGGUACUCCUACUGGUUGCCAUCGCCCUUGGUGUCGUCAUCAAACGCAGAGCAUCACGCAGGAACGAACAUUUACUCGAUGACGACGUGAGCGAUGCAAACCACCAGAUACAACAUAUACAGCGUCUGAUCAGCUAACCCAGCAAGGCAGUUAUACUCGAUGCAAGUCUCAAUGAAACGUCCUGAUGUAGAGAUUGCGUUUGCAAUAACGUACAUACAACAUAUCGGGGUUACACACGGUUGCACAUGAGAAAUUGUCUACGCUAUGUUUGCAUACACUGGGAAAACGUAACUGUGAUCAUGUUAAUGUAUUUAUCAAUUAUUUUGUGUUCUUUUAGAAACACGAAACUCAAACCGUCUUUAUCUUAUAUUUAAUGUGUUCUGGUGUUUAAUUGGGUUAACCUGUACUUUACACAAUUCUUUAUAGCCUGACUACCAAUCGUUGUGCCUUACAAAAAAUACAUCGAAAUAAUGUUGGUUUCUUUGAAUCACCAGUAGAAAUGAACAUCAAUUUAAAGAGGAAAGUAAUUAGAAAUCCUUUUGCAAACAACAAAAGAUCUGAGAUUCGAACCCACGAUCAUUGGGUUCCGGCACCAUUAAGGGACGCAACUCUGUAGAAACUCACAGUGUUAAACAGUUUUAUUUAUCAGAAGAAUACAUCCGUGUUGAAACCACUUCCGUCAAAAAACAUCCGCAGCAGAAAUAUACUACCAUGUUUUCAGACAGCUAACGGAAGCGUUGGUACUUGAUACCGUAGUUUCCAUCCAUGUCCAUUUGUUUGAAAUAAAGAGAAAUUGUAAACAGA